CGUAAACCAAUUGCAUCGGUGCGGGCAAACGUUCAAAACGUUUCAGAUGUCAUUUCAGCACUUACCAAAGGUUAAGCGCAGCGGUCAAUUAGCGGGUUCUACACCACAGUGUUGCCGUCGACUCCAAAGGUCCAUAUUGGACAUCGAUCGAUUGCGGAGGAACUAGCUCAACAAUCCGAGCCGGCGAGGAGCCCGCCGAGCGUCAGGCAGUGGUAGCACGCACGUACGAGGUGCAGCAAGUGGUGUAAGCACCAAGCUUCCCUUUGUGCAGGUGUGAAUGGGUGAGGCUCACAGCUAGCAGAGAGCGAGUCGAUCCCUCCCUGCCACCCACACCAGCACAGGGAAGGACGAGAGAAGCGCAAGCAGCCCAUUAAGUUUACGUGUUAAGGCUGACGCAUGCUGCCAACUUCAAGGAUGACGAGUUGGAUUCAGGAAAGCCUUAAAAGGUUGCCUAACGCAACCUUCUACCGGACUCCAGUCACGCCUCAUUGAUAAGGGGAAGCAAGAGUCAGCAUGUUUCUUAAAACUGGGGUGAGUUUUGAGAGUGGUGAUCUUCUUGGCUACGGCAGUCGCAAGGCUGCUGCUAAUGGCUACUGCUAGCUGCAUUGCUACUGUUCUGCUUUUUAAACCGCCCUAUCUUCGCAGGUUGCGCACUAGCAGUCGAGUUGGAGGUUACCUUCCUGACUUCUCUGAGCACUCGCCCUAGCUUCACGUCACUGUAGCAGGUUGCUAACUGUCUCUGCAAAUUCCAGUCUGCAGACGUCCUACCACCGGCCAUGCUGCUCCGGACGUGGCCCAUACUCCUGGUCCUACACACGCCCAAUAUGGAGGCGCUCGCUCUGGCUUGUGGAUCGCACUGAUUGCUGCCGUGCUGGUUUUGAAUCUAUGCCGCAAUAGCUCCAAGAUCCACCUCCCCAUUAAUCUCAACCUAGAAUAACUGCUAGAGCUGCAGCAGCUAACCAAGGCAUUCCAGUGACAAGCCGGCAGCUGAUAGGGUGGUGGUGGUCGUCGUCUGCUGUGAUGUUCCACUUCUGCCCUGACCGUAACACUGUACUCGCAAGCAAAGAUCCGUGAAGCCAUAAAAGAGCUGGGAAGCAUGCAUAUAACUGGUGGUAGUGUAUUCCCUUCUGGCAAUGUUGGAAGGGCACUUCAGUGUCCCCUUGCAGGGGACCGUCGUAGUUCUUUAGUGUCUCCCUUAGAAAAUCAAAUUUCCUAGGUUUAACGUUACCUGGCUUAACGUGUCUGUGUUUCCUAGGUUUAACGUUACCUGGCCUACCGUGUCUGUUUCCUGGUCCACAUCAAUUUCCCCAAAAGAUGUCCGGAUGGACCCGUCAAGCUGGCAACACUCUGUUUCAUGGUAUCCCGGGACCAGUCAAGCUGAAUACCUUUCCAUUUUGUGUUCCCCGCGACCGGUCAGUAUAGGUAAUGGCUGGUUGCCCGGUCUGAGCUGAACCCAUCAAGCGACGGAGGUCUGUUCAGCGGGAUAAGCGGAUCAGUCAGGGGCAUCCAUGUGACCAUCUGUUUCCCGGUCUGAGCGAACCCGGUCAAGUUGUUCUGUGAGGGACCCUCGGCAACUCAGUCUAUUCUGCGGUCUCCCUUGACCCUGACCGUCCUGUUCUGCUGUCUGCCAUGACCACCCCUAUCUUGUCCGCGGACCAGUGUUAAUUUUGGCAGCUAUUUUUGAUUUAGUCUUAGUCUUUAGACGAAAAUGCAUAUUAGUUUUAGUGAUAUUUAGUCCUUUUUCUCGAUGAAAACUAGACUUUGCUUUGUGAUUAAGUAUUUAUUACUAACUAGAAUAUAGAAAAAUGAUAAAGAAUACAGAAAUCAUCAACACAAGUCGUAAGUACAGACAGAAGUCAAAUGAGUAGAAUUCAACUGAAAAGGGGCAGAUGGUUCUUUCUCCCAAAAGGAGCCGGAAGAUCUGACCAAGUUUCUGGGGGAGAACAAGAGGUUUUAUACACUUCAGGGUGGGUCAAGAGGAAUGCAUGGAAAAGUACCAGACAACGCAGGGGAGACACCGCGACCCUUCCCUAAUGGGACCCAGUCAAUAAACAACAUUUGGAAAGAUCAGUCAGGGCAGCCCUUAUCUCACCCCGGUCACAGGCCCACAUAAAAGGCCACAUUCCUGAGAGACCCACACUAUGCACAAAUUCUCCCCCGACAACAGAAAGAGAAAUUUAAGCAAUACUCAUCUUAAAUUCUAAGUUAGGAAAGGGUAAAAAAAAGUUUUAAUAUUUAAGCAUAUCGCUCAAUAAAAAGUCUUUCUGGGGAACUCAUAUUGAGCAUAUUGAAACGACAACAAAGGUGAUCAAUGUACGUGAGCAGUAUUGUACAUGACAGAGGAGCAGAUAGACGUCACUUAAUCAAUAUCUAUAAGGCCAUCGUACGAUCAUCUAUAGAUUAUGGCGGUAUGGUGGAGCAGCUGCUAAGAGUACAAUACAAUCUUUACAUAGAAUUCAUUUCAGAGCUAUAAGACUUUGCAUGGGUGCAAUUAAAUUCACACCAAAGGAAUGCACUUCUGGUGGAAUCCAACAAAUAUCCAUUAAGAUUAAGACGACAAGGCAACCUCCGGUACAUUGGGUGAAGCUAAAGGGAUCUGGAGUGGAACUUCCUGCAACGAAGGGGAAUUUUGUUGCAAAGACAGCACUAAAAGAAGUUAUUUUAAUAUUCCUUUUGGAAAGAGGGAAGCUAAGUCAUUAAUAAGAGGGGCAGUACGGGAUGUAUGACAAAAGAGUUGUGACAAAGACGACAAAGGAAGAGAUUAUCAUAACAUUCGGAAACACAUGAAUGUGAAGACGAAGGGAAGUAUAGAAGAGAGGAGGUCAAAAUAUGACAGACAGGACUUAACUCAGAGUUGUAUUUAAUGGCAAAAAAUGAGUCCGAUAAGUGCACUGUGUAAAGUUACAUAAGACAAUGAGAUUUCUUAAAGAAACAAGAUUAGGUGUUGUUUAUUAUUAGUUAGAACUGUGAUGAAACUGUUACCCUGAAACUCCACGUUGAGUUUGUAGUGAUACAUUUAGUUUUUAAAUAACCAUAACUUGCUCAAUUUUCAACCGAUCUUUAAAUGGUUUGUUUUGUUAUAAACAUCAGAGAUGUAGUUGUGAGACUGCAUGCAUACUAUGAAUAAUUAUGGUAUGUUCUAAAAAAUAGCAUAAUGUUCUAAAAUAGGUAUAAGAUUUCCCUUUACAAAUAUACAUCAAGAAAUGCUGAAUGUUGAACCCUGUAGAGAGAGGUAUUUAUGACACUGUAUACUUAUGAAUAAUUGUGUUUAUAAUCAUAGGUUUUAUACAAACAUACCUUUUAAAUAGGACAUUAUCCAUACGCAUGCAGUGUUAUAAUUACAUCUCUAACGUUUAUUUAAAAAAACACGUUUAAAAAUCGGUUGAAAAUUGAAAAGUUAUUUUUAAAGUACAUGUAUACUACCAACACAAUGUUAUGGGUGAACGAGCGAGCUGUACCAAGAUGGCCGCCAUGUGGGGACUUUCUAUACUCCGCCGUAAGACACCUAGCCGUUAUAUAUAUAUCUAUGCCUUCAAUCAUAAUGGCAAGCGGAACCUUAAUGUGACUGGUGUUUCCAGUCGGAACCUUAUAGUGUUGCUCAGCCGUUGCUCGGUGUUGGUGGCAGUGCAGGUAAUUAUUUCAUCGGUUACCAAGCAACAAUGUCUUCAGUUGAGGGUUUGAGAGAGUUUGUCAACGAGCGACUAUCUGCUGCUGCUGAAGAAAUAUUCGGAGUUUUUAAAAGAAGCAUCGUCGAGUACCAGGAAGAGAUCGACCGGCAGCGCGGACUGUUGGAUGUUUUAUUGAAACCCGAAGUGAGGUUACACCGGAUAGAGCUCCCGCAGUCACGUGUCUGUAAGGAGGAGGAGGUUCUCUGUGACCAGCAGCUCUGUCUCCAGGAGAGGAACCCCAGUCUGGACCAAGAGGACCCAGAUCCUCCACAGAUUAAAGAGGAACAGGAGGAACUGUGCAGCAGUCAGGAGGGAGAGCAGCUUGAACCGAAGCAGGAGGCCGACACCUUUACGUUGACUCCCACUUGUGAGGAAACUGAUCACAGUGAUGAUGAGACUCCGUUUUUGAAUCCUGACAGAAGUCAGAGUGAAUCAGAGACAGAGCCUCCAGCUAGCACGUGUACCAGCUGGUUAGAUGAGGAAAUAGACUGUGAACGUUUUGUGGUACCAGAACCAAACGACAACAACAAGGAGCCACAACAGCAGAUUCUGGCUCCUCCAGGUGACAAGACAUUUUUGUGCAAAACACAUGGAAACUAUUCCAAACACAACAGAAACUUGUUGGCCCACGUGAAAAGAUUCUACAUUGUUGACCAACCAUACGUAUGCAACACCUGUGGGAAAAGAUUUGUGGAUGAAUCUGUAUUUGAGAAUCAUAAAAGAGUCCACAGUGAUAAGAAACCAUUUUCUUGUCAAAUAUGUGGAAAAGAUUUCAAAUUUAGUAAUAACUUAAAAGUUCACAUGCUAAUCCACACUGGGGAAAGGCCGUUUUCUUGUAGCACCUGUGGGAAAACAUUCACUCAGAAAUCACAUUUAAAGGCUCAUUUAAGAAUUCAUUCUGGGGAGAAGCCAUAUUCCUGCAUCAGCUGUGGGAAAACAUUCCGUACUAAAUCACAUUUGAAGUAUCAUACAAUUACAUUACAUUACAUUACAUCACACGUCAUUUAGCUGACGCUUUUACCCAAAGCAACUUUAAAUAAGUGCAUUCAACCAUUAGAGAUACAAAGAAAAAGAAACAAGAACGGAACGCAAGGGCUGCAUUUGAGAGUAAACUGUUUUCAGUAUUCUCUUCUUCCACGGGCAUAACCAUCCAGCCAAAACCCGACUGGAUGAGCUGUGGAAGGGUUUUCAUUUUUUGGGAGUUUUUCCUGUGCUGAUGUGAGGGUUUCGGGACAGAGAAUGUCGCAUGUAUUCAGACUGUUAAUCCCUCUGAGGCAAAUUUGUGAUUUGGGGCUAUAUAAAAUAAAAUUCAUUGAAUUGA